UUGCAUAAAAGAAUUCACACUGGGGAGAAGCCCUAUAAAUGCUUUGAGUGUGGGAAGAGCUUUGCUCAGAGCACACAGCUUAAGCGGCAUCAAGGAAUUCACACUGGGGAGAAGCCCUAUAAAUGCUUAGAAUGCGGGAAGACCUUUGCUCGGAGCAUGGAGCUUAAGCGGCAUCAAAGAAUUCACACUGGGGAGAAGCCCUAUAAAUGCUUAGAAUGCGGGAAGACCUUUGCUCGGAGCACGGAGCUUAAGCGGCAUCAAAGAAUUCACACUGGGGAGAAGCCCUAUAAAUGCUUUGAGUGUGGGAAGAGCUUUGCUCUGAGCUCACACCUUAAGCGACAUCAACGAAUUCACACUGGGGAGAAGCCCUAUAAAUGCUUAGAAUGUGGGAAAACUUUUGCUCAGAGCACACAGCUUAAGCGGCAUCAACAAAUUCACACUCAUCAAAGAAUCCACACUGGGGAGAAGCCCUAUAAAUGCUUAGAAUGCGGGAAGAGCUUUGCUCGCAGCACAAGCCUUAAGCUGCAUCAAAGAAUUCACACUGGGGAGAAGCCCUAUAAAUGCUUAGAGUGUGGGAAGAGCUUUGCUCAGGGCACACGACUUAAGCAGCAUCAAGGAAUUCACACUGGGGAGAAGCCCUAUAAAUGCUUAGAGUGCGGGGAGAGCUUUGCUCACAGCACAAGCCUUAAGCAGCAUCAAGGAAUUCACACUUGGGAGAAGACUUAUCAAUGCUUAGAAUGCGGAAAGAGCUUUGCUCACAGCACAAGCCUUAAGCUGCAUCAAAGAAUUCACACUGGGGAGAAGCCCUAUGAAUGCUUAGAAUGCGGGAAGAGCUUUGCUCACAGCACAAGCCUUAAGCUUCAUCAAGGAAUUCACACUGGGGAGAAGCCUUAUAAAUGCUUAGAAUGCGGGAAGAGUUUUGUUCUGAGUUCACACCUUAAGCUGCAUCAAGGAAUUCACACUGGGGAGAAGCCCUACAAAUGCUUAGAAUGCGAGAAGACCUUUGCUCAGAGCACAGAGCUUAAGCUGCAUCAAAGAAUUCACACUGGGGAGAAGCCCUAUAAAUGCUUAGAAUGCGGGAAGACCUUUGCUCAGAACACACAGCUUAAGCAGCAUCAAAGAAGGCACACUGGGGAGAAGCCCUAUAAAUGCUUAGAGUGUUGGAAGACCUUUGCUCACAGCAGCAGCCUUAAGCUGCAUCAAAGAAUUCACACUGGGGAGAAGCCCUAUAAAUGCUUAGAGUGUGGGAAAAACUUUGCUCAACGUGCAAGCCUUAAGCAGCAUCAAAGAAUUCACACUGGGGAGAAGCCCUAUAAAUGCUUUGAUUGCGGGAAGAGCUUUGCUGAGAGCGCAAAACUUAAGCUGCAUCAACGAGUUCACACUGGGGAGAAGCCCUAUAAAUGCUUUGAGUGUGGGAAGACCUUUGCUCAGAGCACACACCUUAAGCGGCAUCAAGGAAUUCACACUGGGGAGAAGCCCUAUAAAUGCUUAGAAUGCGGGAAGACCUUUGCUCUCAGCUCACACCUUAAGCAGCAUCAAAGAAUUCACACUGGGGAGAAGCCCUAUAAAUGCUUAGAGUGCGGGAAGACCUUUGCUCAGAUCACACACCUUAAGCAGCAUCAAAGAAUUCACACUGGGGAGAAGCCCUAUAAAUGCUUAGAGUGUGGAAAGAGCUUUGCUUGCCGCAGAAGCCUUAAGUGCCAUCAAAGAAUUCGCACUGGGGAGGAGCCCUAUAAAUGCUAAGUGUAC